GGCCGCCGCCCCCCCCCCCACCCCCAGGUGCGGUCCCCCCGGCCACCCUCCGAACGGCAACCACCAUGAGUGAAUCGGUGAUGGUGUCCAGCCGGGCCACGGUCAUGCUGUAUGACGAUGCCAACAAGCGCUGGAUGCCGGCGGGCACCGGGGCCCAGACCAUCAGUCGUGUCCAGAUCUUUCACAACCCCACCAACAACGCCUUCCGUGUCGUGGGCCGCAAGAUGCAGCCGGACCAGCAGGUCGUCAUAAACUGUGCCAUCACCCGGGGUCUCAAAUACAACCAGGCGACCCCCAACUUCCACCAGUGGCGUGACACUCGCCAGGUCUGGGGCCUCAACUUCAGCAGCAAGGAGGAGGCCGCCCAGUUCGCCACCGCCAUGCUGGAAGCCCUGGAGGUGCUGGAGGCUGGCUCGGUGCCCUCAUAUCCGAUACAGAAUGGACCUUCCCCCGAGGAGAUAGAGCAGCAGAAGAGGCAGCAGCAGAUGGAGCAGAUGGAGCGAGAGCGUCGGGUCUCGACCACAGGGGUCACAGCUGCUCCCCCGGCCGGGGGGCCCCCACCACCCCCAGGACCGCCGCCCCCCCCGGGGCCGCCUCCGCCUCCGGGGCUGCCCCCCUCUGGGGCGGGUCCACCAGCCACCGGUGGAGGGGCCGGGCCGCCCCCGGCCCCACCUCUCCCCGUGCCCAGUUCUGGGGGUGGGGGUGGGGCGGCCCCCGGCCUGGCUGCUGCCAUCGCUGGAGCCAAACUCAGGAAAGUCACCAAGCAGGAUGAGGCCCCCGGGGCAGGUGGGCCCCCACCCGUUCCCAAGAGUGCAGGAAGCUCUGGCGGGGGACUUAUGGAGGAGAUGAGCGCCAUGCUAGCCCGCAGGAGGAAAGCUACGCUCGUAGGGGAGAAGCCGCCGGCUGCCAAGGAAGAACCGACCAGUCAGGAAGAGUCCGAGCUCCCAGGUACCAGGACCCCCGCCCAGCCAACAGAGCCCACGCGGAGACCCUGGGAGAAAAACAGUACAACGUUGCCUCGGAUGAAAUCGGCCUCUGCCCUCCCCAGCUCCGAGGCUCACCCGGCCAACAGUGCCGCCCCCGCGGCGGCGGACGAGUCGGACUUGGAACGGGUCAAACAGGAGCUGCUGGAGGAAGUGCGGAAGGAGCUGCAGAGGGUGAAGGAGGAGAUAAUCGAAGCCUUCGUCCAAGAGCUGAGGAAGCGGGGCUCCCCCUAGCCCCGGGAUCCAGGAUGCCCAUUCCCAGCGUGCCCACUUCCUGAUCCAGGAUGCCCAUCCCCAGCGUGCCGUCUUCCUGCCGGAGAAGCCGGAAUAGGUGGUCCUGCCUUCCCCUUCCCUUCCCCUGCCCCCUCGCCUCCCCCUCCCCACCGCCCCCCGAGGGGUGGGGCCGUGCCAGUAUCUGCCCCCAUACUGGCCAGGGGGCGGGGCCCGAGCUUCCGGCCCCUCCCCCGGGUGAUACCAAUCAACCUGAGAGUAUAUGUGUGUGUGUGGAGGAUGGGGGGAAACACAUUUCCCCCUCCCCCCCCCCCACGGGCCUCAAUGGGAUCUGCAAUCACUUUACUGCUUAUGGCCUUCAAUUUUUUUAAAAAUAAAUAUAUAUAUAUUUGUUUGGGGAUUUUUUUCUGUUUAGUUUUUAUAGGACGGAGGAGGCAGUUUAAUGCUCCUGGUGGGGGGGCGACAGCGGGUUCCAGGGGCAGGGCGGGGCCCGGCCCCUUCUCACCCGGCCCCGCCCUCCCUGCCCGCCUCCCUUUUCUAUAGGGAAAUAAGAUGCUGUAAUUUUUUUCAACCUCAGUUUUUUAUUGUUUGAGUGGGAAUAAGGUGCGGAUGCUGCCCGCGGAGGGUGAGGGUCGGGAGCGGAGUGGUGAGUCUCCCGAGUUGCCCCCCUCCCCGCCUAACAGAAAAGCAGAUUUUCGUGGAAUAAACCUGCUCGAUUUGGUAAA